UUGCACAGUUGUAGCAAGAUAAAACUGAUACAAAGAUAAUAGAAAAUCUUAUAGAUUAGAAAAAGCCAGUCGUGAUCGGAAAAGGACUCCCCACUAUUCCUGGCGUCGUACGGCGUCGUCGACCUUCCGAUUAACCCUUUAUCAAUUCUCUAUUCUCAAAACCUGACCUCCUAAUCCAGUCUCCCCUUGUUUCAUUCACCAAGCAAUUAUUCCCAUCUUCCACGAUUCACACUCGCAAUCCCUAAAUCAGAUCAAUGGCAUCUUCUUCGGACUCAUGGAUGAAGGAGUAUAAUGAAGCAGUAAAACUUGCUGAUGAUAUCGGUGGUAUGAUAUCUGAACGGAGUUCAUUUCCCGCUUCAGGUCCAGAAACUCAGCGUCAUGUCUCUGCUAUUCGGAGGAAAAUUACAAUAUUGGGGACUAGACUUGAUAGCUUACAGUCCGAAUUGUCAACACUUCCUGGAAAGCAGCCCAUAACAGCCAAAGAGAUGAAUCGUCGGAAGGACAUGGUUGCAAAUUUGAGAUCAAAAGUUAACCAGAUGUCUUCAACGUUGACAUCAAACUCUGGUAACAGAGACAGCUUGCUUGGACCUGAAAUAAGUAAAGCUGAGGCCAUGGGCCGAGCAGCUGGCCUGGACAACUAUGGCCUUGUUGGUCUUCAGCGACAAGUUAUGAAAGAGCAAGAUGAGGGGCUUGACAAAUUGGAGGAGACUGUAGUAAGCACAAAACAUAUUGCAUUGGCAGUCAAUGAGGAACUCACCCUGCACACUAGGCUUAUUGAUGAUUUGGAUGAACAUGUGGAUGUUACUAACUCCCGGCUACGGCGAGUGCAGAAGAACUUGGCAGCUUUGAACAAACGCACGAAGGGUGGUUGCUCGUGUAUGUGCAUGCUUUUAGCUGUUCUCGGUAUUGUGGGCCUGGUUGCUGUGAUAUUUUUGCUGAUCAAAUACUUGUAAUUAUGCUAACCGUAAGUCCAUAGAGAACAAAGAACUCGUGUUUGUUGCAGUUUGUGUGUUUAUGUGGAGUGGUCUUGGUUGUGAUAUUGUAUUCGGCUCUCAGAUGUUUUGUUUAUGAAUUUCGGAGGUGUUUAAAUAAUUGUAAAUUUUCAUCGCUUGUUGGCGCUUUUGUGUAAUUUCCUUUUGUUUAUAAAUUUUGAUUCCAUGUUUUAUCUA